AUGAGCAGCUAUAAAAUCAUAUAAAACUCUACAUCCAGAGAUAGUUAUCCUAACAUGAUAAAUUUAAAAAACAAAAAGUCUUCUUCAAUAUCUCCUGAACCCAUAGCUGAUUCAAAAAAUUUCAAAUAGUUUAAUGAAGAUAAAAGUUUUUCUGAUUAGAAACUCAAUAACAAUAAUCAUCAUAUGCAUAAUCCUAAAAAUUAAAUAAAAAUUAAAAAAGAGUAUAGCGAAAGUAUAGAAUAAGCCGAAUUUCCAUCAAAAAAAAGCUAGAAUUCAAUUAAUUUUCCAAAGAAAGCCACAACACAGACAUCAGAUAGAAAUAGCUGUCAUAAUUAAGAAAAAUUUAAUGGAAAACUAUUAAGCGGAUCAUUUUAAUACAAUAAAAAUCAGAUCGAUGGAUAAAUAAAUAAAUUUUAAAUGCAUUUAGAUACAUAAUCUUUAAGUUAAUACAGCUUUCUUUAACAAUAAUCCAUACUCCUUCCAACUUUUUAAUCUAAUAAAUUGAGCAAGAAACCUGUUUAUCAAAGUCAUAUAAUGAUUUCAUCUCCAUAAAGCUAUCCUUCGAUUAUAUUGCAAAAUGAAAUAAGUACUUUGAAGGAAGUCAAUAACCCAAACUAAUCAGAAAAUUAAGAUUAGUUGCGUAUAAACUCUUAUAAUUAAAAGAGUAGCUCUAGUAUAAGGUCCAUCUUUAGCAACCCAACUUAAUAAUAAUAAUAAUUAAAUACUUCUACUUAGCAAAUAGAAAUAAAUAAAUAAAAGUAAAUGAGAUUAUUUCAGAUACUUUCAACUUAAUGCAAAAAUAAAAAUUUCCUUUUGCCUUCAUACAGUCAAAAUAGGCUUAUGAGUGAGACUAAUAAAAAUAAUUUUCAAGAAAAUAGUUUUUAAAAAAAUCUAAGAACUUAAAAUUAACCAGGAAACAGUGGAUUUCUAUAAACCUGUAGCACUUAAUUCUCAUCAAAUCAAAUUUAACAAAAAUCAAAUGAUAAAUUAGAAAGUGUAAAGAUGAGAUUAUUUACUUAACUUGAAAAUGAGAAGCAAAAAACUUAAAGAAAUAGCUAGAAUUCUUAAAGCUCAAGACCUAUGAAAAAAGAAAAUUCAGGCUCUACAAAAUUUUUGAAAACCUCCCUUUAACUACCUGAUAUAGCUAAGAAUGAUGAACUAUUAUCUAGCUAAACAGACAAUUUUAACUCAUUUAAACAUUCAAGAAGUUGUAAAAGUAGCAUAAGAGAAGAUUUAAAAUCUGCAAGCAAUAGCUUUCAUUCAAGCUAAUUCAUUGAAAUCAAAAACGCAGAUAAUAAAAUUCAGCAAUAAUAAAAUUCCUUAAUUAGCUAAAAUCAUUUUUUUUCAAUAGUAAAUCAUUAUGAUGAAAAAAAAUACAAUUUAGAUAGAUUUAAAAUAUCUAAAAUUAUUUAAAAACCCAAUUAAAUUAAGAAUAUAAUAAACAAAUAGCAAGUUGAAUGUGAAAUAAUUAGGCCAUUAAGCUUAGAUAAAAAUAGGAAUUAUUUAAGUCAAUCAACAAAAAAGAUAGCUGAAAAUAAUGAACUUAUUUUGUCAAAUAAUUAAACAUCUUUAUCACCUGAAAUAAAAUAAAGAUCUGCUACUUUGUAUCCUUUUAUGCCUAUAGACUAUACAAAAGUAGAAAAUAGUAGCGAUAAUACAUAAUAAAACAAUGAUACCCUUUGCCUAAAAGGAAUGAGCAAAGUUUUAACAGCCUCAAAUACAUUCAUUAAAUUAAAAGAAAAAAGGAUAUUUGAAGCUGAUACAAGUAUCAACCUUAAAGAAUUUAAAAAUUAUAGACUAAGUUUACUAAACUCUAAAAUUCAAGAAAAAAUAUAUGAUUUAUUCAUAAAUAAAAUAGGAGGAAUAGACUACAUUUAGCAAUCUGUGAUAUUUAAAUUUUGUGAUUAUCUUAAUGAAAAUGUUGAUUUAUAGCAAAAUAUUUCUUUUGACUUUAACAAUAUCAAUUUUUUGGUCUUUCUUAUACAUGCCUUGGGAGUUAAAUUGAAUAUUCCAAAAAUUUAACUUUAAAAUAACCUAAAAGAGCUCGGAAUAAAUUUUAGUAAGAUGAGCUAUUUUAAAUAAAUUAUGGGAAAUUAUAUUUUUGAAGACCAUAAGCUAUUAAGUAAAACGUUUGAGACAGAGUUUUUCAGAAAAAUAUCUCGUUGUGAAAAUUAUUUCAUGAAUUAUAGUUUGUUGGAAUAAAUAGGAGGUGAAGAUGUUUUAAAAAAAAUAGUCAAGAUGUUUCACAUAAACAUGAUAAAAGAAAGUCCUAAAUAUUAACAACUCAAUUUAAAAGUACAACAAGUUUAUAAAGGUUUUCUUUUUUUAAUUGUAAGAGAAGAUUUUCUUUCUAUGACCUUCGAUUAUUUAAACAAUCUUUAAAAUUAAAAUGCAUUCACCCACUAAGAUUUUUACCAAGCAAAAAAGUUGAUUUAAAAAUGUUUUGAAUGUUAUGGAGUUAUAGCAAAACCGCUCUUCCAUGUCUUGGAAAUCAUAGAUUCAGUCAGACAUUUAAUAACAGAUGGUUAUGGAAAAUUUUCUAAAGAUUAAAAUGAUUUAGAUAAAGACGUAUAAGAAAUAUCAUCUGACAUUUAUUAGCAAUUAACAAAAUUAAAAGAAGUAGAAGAAGAAUCAAUUGAAGAUAAAAAGGAUAUGACUUAAGAAAAUAUACAAAGCAUUAUAAAUUUUCUUCUAAGGCCUUAUUCAUAUCCUUAUUAUAAAUAUUUAUAAUUUCCCUAUAACAAAAGCAACAAAUCAUUAACAAACAAAAAAUAUAAAAAGACUGUUUAAAACUUGAUUCUAAGUAGAGUUUUUCCACAUAUCGCAAAUUUUAUUCAAGAAUAUUUUCAUAACUCAAAUCCAAAAAAUAUAAAUUCUAUUCAUUGUGCUUCUAAUACUUAGAAAAAGCUGUCUAGUAAGAUAGACCCUUUCUUAAUUAUAGAUAUUAAACUUAAACUUCAGCUUCUUGUUUACAACGUAAAAUAUAACCUUUAAGAAGAUAACUAUCAAGUUUAUUAAGUUCUCUUAGAAAUGUCACCAAAAAUGUUUUUAUAUUCUAUUGAAGAAUUUUUUGCAAUAAAUUCUAAAAUAAAGGAUGAUAUCUAAGGUAAUUUAUAAGAACAAACAUUUAAAUUUAUAUACUAAAGUUUGUUUAGAUUCUGUCUAAACUAAUUCAUUGAUGACUUUCCUCUAAGAGUAUCUGCUUAUGAUAUCUUUGAAAUGAUAAAGGAAUUUAAAUUAACUUUUAAAUGUGUAGAAAAUAUGUUAAAAAUUUUAUGGAAAAUCCUUUAAUUUAAUAGCAUUCCUGAUUUCAUAAUAGAAAUUCUAUACAAAUAAUAUGUUGCAAUCAAAGAAUUCUUGAAAUUUUGUUGUAACAGCUAAACUCAGCUGAAAAUAAAUUAAUAGUGA